AUGGACCUUUGCCUUGGAGGUGAUCCUUCAGUCACUGGAGAUGGUGAACAGGGACAUCAACAUGGUUUCCAGACCUAUAAAGCAGUUUUAGCAGCUUCCUUUAUAAGAACUGUGGUAUCCAUGCCUGUGUUGCUGGGCUGUGAUAAUCACCAGGGAGGUCUGUCAGGACAAUGUAUGGUUUUGAUAUUUCAGGAUUUUGAGUCUGGUCCUGUUCCCCAGGCGGUCUGUCUCCAGUCUCUGGCCUUGGGCCUCCUUAAGGUUUCCUAUGCGCGACCAAGUUCAGCCUCUAUCAGAGAUGCAAAUUUGUAUGUCAGUGGACUUCCAAAAACAAUGACCCAGAAAGAACUAGAGCAACUCUUUUCCCAAUAUGGACGCAUUAUUACUUCUCGUAUUCUGGUUGACCAAGUAACUGGGGUAUCAAGGGGCGUAGGGUUUAUCCGGUUUGACAAGCGAAUCGAAGCAGAAGAAGCUAUCAAGGGCUUGAAUGGCCAGAAACCUCCAGGUGUCACAGAGCCCAUCACUGUAAAGUUUGCGAACAAUCCAAGCCAAAAAACCAAUCAGGCCAUCCUUUCCCAGCUGUACCAUUCUCCAAACAGAAGGUAUCCGACACCUCUAGCUCAGCAGGCUCAACGUUUUAGGCUGGACAAUCUGCUCAACAUGGCUUAUGGAGUAAAGAGAUUUCCUCCAAUGACCAUUGAUGGAAUGACCAGUUUGGCGGGAAUUAGUAUCCCCGGACAUGCGGGAACUGGAUGGUGCAUUUUUGUGUACAACUUGGCCCCUGAUGCUGAUGAAAGUAUCCUCUGGCAAAUGUUUGGACCCUUCGGAGCAGUAACCAAUGUGAAGGUCAUCCGUGAUUUUAACACCAAUAAGUGCAAAGGUUUUGGAUUUGUAACUAUGACAAACUAUGACGAGGCAGCUAUGGCAAUAGCCAGCCUGAAUGGAUACCGGCUUGGGGACAGAGUAUUGCAGGUGUCCUUCAAAACAAACAAAGCGCACAAAGCCUAACAAGUUAUUCUCAGUGCAUUAAUACAUGAAAACUAUACAACAAAGGCAAUUUACAUGAAGCUUUAUGCAUUAGUAAAUGCCUUUGUUGUAUGCCAGUGUGGAAAUGGGGAUAAAAUGACUACUUAGCAUCCUAAGAAUAUGUGAGAUUUUUUUAUUGCUGAUAUUUGAAUUAAAACUUCGUAAAUAUCUUUUGUGUUUGAAUAUUGUCAAGAGGUACAGGGUUUUUACCUGUCACGAUGCAUAUUCUAUUGCCUUCUUUGAAGAAGGUGGACCUUUUAAAAUGUUUCAGCUAACGGAAGAAGUUUUUUUUUUACAUGACUGCUAUUAAGCUAUGAGUAAAUAUUGAGGCUUUGUGUUACACUUUCUGGUUCUUUUGUUAUUUCUUGAUUUGCCUUGUGUUUAAUUUACAUUGUAAUGCAUUGGUGUUCUGUUGUUCAAGAAAAGUAUUUGAAGUUUACGUUUAAGUUAUAAAGUUAUAAGCAGUAUUUAUUUUGUAAUUAUCAUUUGGGUUGGGGAAUGGGAACACGUUAUAAAAGCUUAUUGUAAGAAUACUGGAGAACUUUUCGUAAAGCAGUACCUUGCCAAAGAGAUAAGAGCCUCUUUGAUGUGGGUUUAAAAAAGCAUCUAUUUUUA